UGUUGCGUGAUUCUAGCACUCGCUCACAUGACAUGACGGUGGCGUUUCCUACUGCGGUUACGAGAAACUAAACAAACCUGACCCAUUGCGUUUAUCAGAUGUAGAUGUAGGCAUAGCGGCAGGUCAAACCGACCGUAUAUGUUUGCGCCAUCACGACAGUUAUCUGAAGAGCCCGUUUGAAGACGCAGAUUGCACAGUCUGUUAUCAUCUGUUUUUGUAUCGAGUGUGUUUUGAUUUACUUUGGCAAGAAACAUGAUCCCCAUCAUCCGCAAACAAAACAUGCCCACCGGGGCAAUUUUUAGCCUGCUGUUGGCUCUUACUAUACAUCAGACUUUGACCACUGAUGUAUCGCCCACCGUUGUCACCGCUGAAACCAGCUCUCCUCCGGCCUCUCCUGCAACCCCUGGCCCCCCUGAGCGGGGCAACUACAAUGUCACCAACAGCACUGACACUGUCUGUCUAUUGGCACGGAUGGGCCUGCAACUCAACAUAAGCUUUACUUCAAGCUCUCAUGGCAAGACUGUCCAGGAGGUCUUGAACCUGCAUCCAAACCUGAUUAAAGUCUCUGGAUCCUGCACGCCAGACUUUGCAACUCUCAAGCUGACUGAGGACAACAUUAGUCUGACUUUUAGCUUCUCUUUAAAUUCCACAUCAAACAAAUAUCAUCUUAGUGGUUUGGAGCUGUCAGCUGCAUUGCCUGAUAUGGCUAAGCGGAUUGUUUUCAGUAAUACCACUCUGAACUACAUGGUGGGAACACUGGGCCAUUCUUACAUGUGCCAGAAGGAGAAGACCUUGAGUGUUACACAGGAUUUCUCUCUGAACACUUUCCAGCUUCAAGUGCAACCUUUCGGCGUCAAUGGAGAUUUUGGAGCAGCUGAGGAGUGUGAGUUAGACGAGGACGACAUGUUGAUUCCCAUCAUUGUGGGUGCUGCCUUGGCUGUUCUAGUGCUCAUAGUGAUCCUGGCCUACCUUAUUGGCAGGAACAGAAGUCAUGCAGGCUACCAGACCAUCUAAACCCUCCUCGUGUAAUCUUUAAGCCAGGAUGUGUCGACACCACCGAUUUCUGUUCUAAUCUGGACUCAACAACGCUACAACUGCAGCAGCCUAGUUUUUUUAACCUGCUCUGCCCUCUGCUGGUGUGUCACACUGCCACUGCUCAGGUGGAUCUGGAUUUCUGUUGGAUUAUGUUAAACACAUAGUAUAAUUAAUGCAUACAUAAGGGUACGGGACAAAAUCUAAGGUGUCUAGGUCAUGCUGAGGUAUUGUUUCCAGAAACCAGAUUAUGCCUAGAGGAAUUUCUGUUGUUUGUUGACAUAUAGGCUUAAUCUGGGUCUUGGAAAACAUACAAUCUGUUUGGUACCUCAUAUUCCUAAAUUUAACGUCAUGCGUUUAUUUAUAUAAAUAGGAGGAUUUAGGGAAGCUGAUAAUGUUGUUACUGUUACAUGCUCAGUCUAAAAGGGACUACAUAUUUAACACUACUUUCUGAUCUUGACUACCUUUUGUGAUUUUCAGCUGAAAGUUCACAUUUGGAGUUAAACACUGUAAAAUACAGGUCAGCUUUUGAGAUUCACCAGAUGUGAGGAAAAAAAAACGUUUAUUGUUUUCAACAAAGCCUUGCAUAACAAUUUUGAAUCAAAUGUUAAUUUAUGUUUUAAUGAAGAAAAAUUCAACAUCUAGCCCACAUCUCUCCAAAUCUGCUUAGUGACUCUGUAAACUGAUGUUAAAUGGAAUAUCCACUUUCUAGAGUAGAAUAGCCUUCAAUAACACUAAAUAGCUCAGUUUCUCCCUCAUACUACAUAUCAAAACUAUAUAGCCUGCUUGCAUCCAUUUAGCACUGAAUUUGCACUCAUUCAGAAGCGUUAAAGGGAAAUUCUACUAGAGUGAGGAAAUAUGGUUUUGCACUACUGGAUGGACAAAGGGUACUUUGACACUAACACAGCAGGAAGUUCUGAAUAACUUGAAGUAGGUUUAGACUAUUAUAGACCUAGGUAAAUGGUUAACUGUUACAAACUCAAGGAGUGCACUGAGAGAAACAUGCUUUAUAAUAUGGCGGCUGAAUCUCCUUUCUGAUUGGCCUUCAUAUGGAAUGACUGCAUAAAUGUAGUUGUUGUGGAUAUUGAAGUGUUGCCUUGAUUGCUUAUGAAGUUCAUGUUGUUUUAAGGGAAUGCGAUUCUGUUUCUAAAUAAAAUGAAAAAUAAAAGAC